AUGGUGGAGACUGUAGACAGUGCAAAGCUUGCAAGUGCACUAAGCUCCUCAUGGGGUAAGCAGAACAAGCAAAAUCCUCUUAAUAUCAUGGUACAAGUUAACACCAGUGAGGAAGAUAGUAAGUAUAUUUAUUUUUCCAUUAUUCUUAUUAUUGUUAUUACUAUUGAUCAUAUUUUAUUGAUAACAAUGCUAACUAUUAAAAUCCUAUUUGCAAUUAAUUCACUUAAAAAAACUAUUCCGUCAAAACACUAUUUACAAUUCCUUUCGUUUAAAAAAAAGCACUUAGUUUUGAUUAGAAAAAAUUCAUUUAAUUAAACAUUUCAUUUUAAUUAAAACAAUCCAUUUUAAUUUUUUUUAAAGAAACUGUUUUCAAGGUCGAUUGCAUUCCUAAUAAGAAAAUCACUUAAAAAAAGAGGAAAAUUAAAUAGCGUUCUCAAUGCGUUAUUGACGAAUAUUUGCCAUUUAAAAGUAAGGAAACACAUUAAUAGUGCGAUUGAAUGGCUCCUUCAACAACUUCAACGUCAAUAUCAACAUUCCUAAUGUCACAUGGCACUCUUCUUGUCCUAGAGCCUCUAAGACAAACCAACGCAGAUCUCAAGAGUGCGAAUGAGGUUCUGGUUCUGAUCCAUGAGAUGGUUUUGGCAUACUACUUUCCUCUUUUGUUGGCAAUCAGCUGUGCUAAACGGCUAUGAUGCAUCAAGCACUCCUUUCCCAUUCCGCCAGUCGUGGUGAAGACCAAAGGUGUAAAUGUUCCAUGCUCGAUGUCCAGAACUCUCCUUGAGUAGAGACGCUUUUUCUCGUUCUCAUGGAUACGAUAAAUUUGUUGUCGCUCUAGGUCCCUAUACGAUGCAGCAUUAGGGUGACAGACCCUCACGUCGAAGAAUGCUGAUCGAUGUCGUUCCCAGAAACCACGCGCGUGGAUAUCUAACGUCGCAUCCUGAGCUUUGUUAGAUCCUCUGUUUAAAUGUUCGCCGGAGAUGUCUUGAAGUACUGGCUCGAUUUCGACAUCGCUACACACCAUACUCAGAAAUUCAGUUUCGAGAUCUCUUAGCUCGUUAUGGCGUUGAGUAAUAAAACCUCCUAGUUUGCAAAUCAUAGAGUGAUCAACCGUAAAGGCUUUCCCACAAGCACAUGUGGAGGGGAUAUUUUCCAUUGGCCAGUCGUAGCGUAGUUUAACAGCAUCACGAAACUCCCUCUUAUUCAAGUUAAAGCCCAAAUCCUGGAGGGGAAGCACUGUAAGCCAUGCUAUGCUUUUCUGUCGCCAGAUCUAAUGCUCGCUGAGUCUUUCUUGGUGCCAUCUCCUUAAUACGCUCUACCCUGUGUUCGGGUUCCUCUAGUAUUUCACUUCUUACUUCCUGUUGUGUUGGUUUUGUGAGGGAAUCUUCAGGUAACUGCUGUGACUGAGAUACAAUUUGUUCAACAAGGGGCUUUGUCACUUUGACAGACGAAGUAUAUUCGCGCCUUGCUUAUUAUUAUUAUUAUUAUUAUUAUUAUUAUUAGAAUCAUAACUAUAACAAAAUUGUCAAAUCUGAUUGGCUAUCAACUGCCCUGAUUUCAGCCUUAAUUGGACAGUUUAAUAGGACAGUACGCGUCAUGCCUAAGUAAUUGGACAGUACGCGCCAUCGCGCGCGCGCUUAAAUGGCUUUUUUUUCACUGCUAGCAAAACAAAAUUUCGAAUUUCUUGUGUUUGAUUUAAAAAAUAGCCUAUUAUGUUACAAAUUUUGUUAAAGUUAUGAUUAAUUGGUAAGAGAACUUCGUGUCGUCCAAUUCGGUCUGUAAUCAUACUCGUGAUUAAACAAAUCGCUGGCUAAUCACAUUUUCUGGAUGGUUUACUUGAGUCUUCCUUUGACAUUAAGUCACUGCCCAUGACCUCUGCCACCUAAGACUUAGCAAACGAUUCUGGCUGUUCCCAAGCUCUCUGUAAUGAUUCUGAACGACAUGUGACAUCAAGCUCAAUAGAGAUCAAACUUACAAUAACAUGGGAAGCAAACUUCAGGAAUCUGACAAGUGACAUCCUUAACUGAGGGCAAUGAUUAAUUUUACAAUUUGGAUAUUCAAGAUCUUGGGAAUUGAAUGAAUGAAGACUCAGCAAGGCCUUAAUAAAUGAGAGCGUUUGUCAGUGAGACUGGGCAUCAGUUAAGAAGGCAUCUUCAGCUGCCGCUAUUUGAGUUCAUCUAUUAAAUCUCUAAUUCAAAAUGACAUGGGAUCUACUUGGUUGAUGUCCUUAAACGGUGUUGCAAUCUUGGACAAAAAUGUUAAGAAAAAAUGCACGUUGAAUGUGUAAUAAACCCAAUUGUCUUGAAAUCUCAACAGGAUUUAUUUAUGAACAAACAAACUUGAUGUACAAAGUCAGCCAUUUGGCAAGAGCACAUGGUAAAGCGAAAAGAGAUACUUUGCAUGUCCUUAGUGUUACUUAGCAACCAUGAAAUAUUACAGCGCAAUAUCAACACAUCUCCCUUUUUUUGAGAAAAAGGAUAAAACAAAAUGAACUGGUUGAAUACGAUGCUUAAGCAUGUUCUGAAAUCUAACAAAGUAGAGCCCUAAGCAUAAGUUGUCCUAUGGUAAAGACAAGAACGACUGUUCAAUGUUCAAAGUUCACAGUUAACAAAAUCAACUCUACUAAAUGUCCUCUCUUUAACGAAUAGGUUUCGUAACAAGUCUACCACUUGAGGUUCUCUUUUCUGGAAUCGCGAUCUGAUCUCUUUUGUAAGGGCUGGUGUUGCUGCUUUCAGGAACGUUGGUAUCCUCCACCUGGACAAGCUUGGGAGUAGGCUCACCAUUGAUAUCCGGAAUUGGGGACUCGUCCCCUGAUGUGUCAUGAUGAGCGGGUGUAGGGACCUUUCCAAGAUGCCUACGAUUCCUUCGCAACCUUCGACCACCAGUGUCUAUGAUGUAUGACCUGGGACUUUGGUCUUCACUGACGACCUCAGCUUCUGUGGUCCACUGCUUCUCAUUCUCCAGUUUGGCUCUGACCCAGUCUCCCGGCUGUAGCUUUGGUAAUUCUCUCUAGCCAUUCCUUUUGUCAAAGGACUCCUUGUAACCCCUUUUGGCUUUGACAUCAGCUCUUUUGAGUGCUGUAUGGUUUGGAAGUUUUGGCUCUAAAACUUUUCUCAGGGUUGGGAGGGUAGUAGUAUCAGUCUUCCCAUGAUUAGCUCUGAUGGUGUCUUUCCAGUUGCUGGGAUUGGGGUUGCGCCAUAGGCCAUAAGAGCAAGGAAUGGAUCCUCCUGUUUCAGAAUCUGCUCAUCGAUUCGCACGCCACUUUCUGCAGCACGAUUUGCCUGCGGAUGAUGCGGGCUUGAUGAAGUGUGCUUGAAUCCAUACUUUGUUUUGAACUCAUCAAACUGUAGUGACUUGAACUGUGUACCAUUGUCACUUAUUAGUUCCUCCGGAAUUCCCCAUCUUGCAACUACUGACUUCAGCUUCUGGAUGACAACUUGGCUUGUUGUCUCAACUAGGCUUAAUAUCUCGAUGAACCUUAAAUAAUGGUCCAUCACUACUAGGUAUUUCUGACCGGCUAGCUCAAACAAAUCGGUAGACACCUGCCACGAUCUGUCAGGUAGGUCUGUGGUCAUCAGUGGUUCCUUUCUUUGUGAUGGUUCUUUGAUCUCUUUAGAAAUACCCAGACACCACAAGGAAAGGUUAUCACGUUGACGGCACUUUAUUGUACCCUGGUGACCUGUGUGAAUGCGCUCCAGUAUCUCCUCUCUCAUGUCUGCAGGUAUCACUAUGCUAUCAUCAUAUGUUGAUAAACCAUUGCUCAUUGACAAGUGUCCACGAGAAUCAAAGAACUCUCGUAUCUGGAGGGGGACUUCUUCCACAUGUGUUAGCCACCCUUCUAAUGUGAACUUCAUCACUUUUAGGAGCUGGAAAUCUUUCUCUGAUUCUCUUAAGCUGAUCACCUGUGACUGGCCUUGUAGAUUCAACCACGUCUACAAAUGCCUGAACGUUUUCUGCUGUGUCGGGUUCCUGUUCUAACUUACAAGGGCUUCUGGACAAACGGAGUCAUAAACGUGUCAACUUUGCACUAUCUGGAUGUAGGGGGAUCGACCAAAAUCCACUAGACGCAUCAAGUUUUGAAAAGUACCGGGCACCAGCGAGUUUGGACGCGAUAUCUUCCAAGGUAGGCCCUACGAAUCUUGGGCGCUUCACUGCACUGUUCAGCCUUCUUAGAUCGACACAGAUCCUGAGCUUACCAUUACUUUUCUGUACUGGUACCAUGGGCGCACACCAUUCUGUCGACUCUGCGACUUUUUCGAUGAUACCAGCUUCUUCCAUCCUCUUAAGCUCCUGCUCUACUUUUGGCAUUAAAGGAAAAGCUAUUUUUCUUGCUGUGUUGAUGCAAUACGGUGGGGUAUUCUCAUCUAGUUGGAUCCUUACUGGCUCACACUUAAACAAACCUGUAUCUCCAAACAACUCAGCAUCCACCUCCUCUAAUCUCGCAACUAAACCCAUCCCAUUUCACAAGCUGCUUGUCGACCCAGCAAGUAACUUGCAUGUUCUCCACUGAUUAUAAAAACAUUGAGUUGGUAUUUGUUGUUGCAGUGUGUCACUGCUGUUGUAAACUUUCCAGCGCACUGCAAUUUGCCUCCUGGACUGAAAAGGGCUAUCUUAGAUGGAAGUAACUUGGGCUGAUUUGGCAAACUAUCAACAGGAGAUUUUGAAAUGGCAGUAAUAUCUGCACCGGUAUCAAUUUUGAACACAACAGGUCCUUAAGCUGGAGCUUCCAUUUAUCAUCCUGGUCUGAAUCACUUGACAACGCACCUAAGAACCAACGACCAACACUGCUAUCAUUUGAAGCACUGCCACGAUCGCUAUUCACCUCGCUCACAGACCUGGACCAACAAACGGCUGCAAAGUGACCCAACCUUUGACAUUUCAAACAUCGUUUAUCUUUUGCUAAACAGUGUUCAGGCUUUGAGUGAUGAAGACCGCACCUACCACAGUUCUUCUGACCUUGCUUUUGGGAUGGAUCCUCUUUCUUUCCUUUUCCCUUUUUCCAACGUGGAUUAGUCGGUUUCGUCUUACCGUGCACCUCUUCUACAUCCUUUGAUGCAAGGGAAUUCUGAUCUGUAACCUCGCUGAUACUUGACCGUUUCUGACUGGUGAGCUAUCUGAAUCACGACUUCCAGCGUUAAAUCCGACUUUAACUGCAAUUUCUGCGACACAUCUUCAUCCAGAAUUUCAAUGACAAUUCUGUCCCGUAUUUGCUGAUCACGACUGUCGCCAAAAUCGCAGUGUUCGGCUAAUUCGUAAAGACUUCGUACGAACGAUUCGACUGUCUCUCCUUGCUUUUGGGUCCUUUGAUAAAAACGUGCCCGCUCGUGAAUUAUGUUCUGUUUCGGAACCCAAUGCUCAUCAAACUUUGCUAAAAUCACGUCGAAUUUGCAUCAUCUCUAUCAGCUAAGGUAAAAGACUUGUACACGUGUUCUGCUUCUCUUCCCAUGGUGUAAAUGAGAGCACUGACAGCGCAAUAUCAACACCAGUAUUAAAGCACUAUUGAUUAAACAUAAUUCCCCCGCCCCCCACCCACCCUUUCCCCCAAAAAACAAUGAUGAAGUCCAGCCAGAUUGUUUUUGUGCCCGAGUGAACUAUUUUGGUCAGGGUGGGGUGGGGGGAGGGGGUUACUUUGGUACCAAAUCUGCAUGGUUGUUGUCCUGAGGGUAAGAAAGGGCCAAAUUCUUAACACUUUUUGUUCAAGCUUGUUCUUUGUUGUUGUUAUCAAUAGUUAUACUUACAGUGUUCUUACCACACCGCGGCAUUGCGGCAUUUGCGCACUUUUACAGGGAAUGCCGCACGCCCAAGGGGUCACAAGGGCGCAAACAGGAAAAAAAAAUCGUACAUAAACAAAACGUACAUAAACGUACGUAAACACACGUACAUUUCCUUAUAAGCCAACAGUCAGUUGGUUAUGGCGUCUUUACUCUAACUCAGAGCUGUAUAACGUUGAGUUAACUGUAUGUAAAAAUUGGAUAUUUUAUUAUCUAAGAAAGUACGAGGUAUUUACUCUAACUCAUAACUGUGAGGUAAAAGUUGAGUCAACUGUAUCUAAAAAUUGUGACCCGCUUUUCUCCCUCAUGACCCCCUUAAUCAUCUCCAUGGGUCGUGUGGACCCCAAGGUGGAAAAUCCUGGUAAGAACACUGUACUUACCCUAAUAAUAUUUUGAUAGGUAAACAUGGCUGUUCAAGCGAUCACUGUGUGGAACUUGUUCAACAUGUCAUCAAUCACUGUCCACAUUUGAAAUUCAGCGGAUUAAUGACAAUUGGUGAAAUGAACUAUGACUGGAGUCAAGGGGGCAAUCCUGACUUCAUUGUGAGUAAGGAUUUGCUUAUUUUAUUGUGAAGGCAUUUACACCUUAAAUGUUCAAUCUUUAGGUCAAGCGGAUUAAUGACAAUUGGUGAAAUGAACUAUGACUGGAGUCAAGGGGGCAAUCCUGACUUCAUUGUGAGUAAGGAUUUGCUUAUUUUAUUGUGAAGGCAUUUACACCUUAAAUGUUCAAUCUUUAGGUCCUGGAGUCCGCUUCUUGAAUGUCCCGGUAACUAUUCUAGCCCGAAAUCAAAUACUUUUAAAAUCAAAAUGUGUAGUUCCAGAAAAUAUCCAUACUCCCCACCCCCCACGGGGGGAAACGGAAAUUCGGAGGGAAGGAGGGGUCCAAAAUGAGGCAAUUUCCGAGGGGAUGGGGGUGGCCUCUCGAGGUCUUUUUUCUGAGGGCUCCGAGUAAGAUUGGUGAGUUAUCUAAAACUAACAGCUGUUCUCUUGAGCACGCUAUCAGUUACUUUACUGUUUAUCGGUGUUUCAAAGCAAAAACUUUUGUUUUCAUAUGAUCCUUUAUUUACGGUCAGCUGAGUGCUUUUUCAUGGCUUGGACGUUAGUUUAUGUAACACGAUUGUCGUUCGCUCCUUAAUAAACUUGGUUAUCUAUCUGUUGCUUUGUUAUACAAUAUAUUGUGGUAUUCCAGACGUCUCUCUCUCCCUUUCAGUUCAUCACCAGUCGCUCGCCUCUACCGUACAAAAACUAAGCGCCUGAAGAAGAGGCUGGAUAUUCACUACACUGUGGUCAUGUUCUAAUAAACCUUCUUCUAACAUCUUACAUGUUUUUAACUGAAAAGAAGUAAUCGAAGUUCACUGCUUUGUGAGAUGGCAUCAUUUGUGUCGUGUACGUCCGUACUGCCUCCAUUGACCUAAGUGACUUACCGUAAAAUAAUUAACUAACAAAAACCUCUACAAGAGAAAAUUGAGAUUAUUUGACACUUUUUUUAUAUAAAUAAAUUAUUUUUCACGCUUUAUCGUAGAAACAAUCAUCUUUUGCAUAAAAGUAUGGUGCAACGGCAUUUUUGAGGGAAAUAUUCUUUCCAGCGGGUACCAAACCAAGUUGGAAAAUUACGGAAAUUCCAGGAGUUGGGGGGAUAUGACAAGCACCCCUGGAAUGGAAAUUUCAGGGUGGUGGGAGGUGUAAAAUAAAAGUGCCCUCCGUCGGGAGGUAUGGAAUAUUUUCUGGAACUACACAUUGUAAAGAACUGAAAGUGCGGAUCUUAGCCGACAAACCAUUCAAUUCUGUUAUGUUAGCUGGUUGUUUUAUCAUGUUAUUUGAACAACCAUUGAAAGCUUUCUCGUGGAUGUAAUCAACAGCAGCUUUCCGGGCCCGUUAAGUAUCUGGACUUUUGAGAAACAGGCCUCUGGUUCGAGCCUUGCUGUCAUGUUGUUUCCUUACACAAGAAAUUUUUUUGUGUGCUGAGAUAGUAAAUGCAGUAAAUACUAUAUAUUGGCCGGUUUUGCUGUAGCAGAAAUUCAAAAGAUGAAUCUUCACAUGACCAGAUAUCUGAACUUCCUGUUAGGGUGACUGUCCGUGGCACGCGGCAGGGAAGGAAAUGGUAAUUGCUGUUACUUAUGUCUAACUAACUCUGUUUUGUUUGUCUUGUUGUUUUUUUGUAGUGCUUAGUGCAGUGCAGGAAAGAUGUUUGUGAACGACUAGGCCUCAGUGAGGAAGAUGUGGAGCUGAGUAUGGGAAUGUCAAGUGAUUUUGACAAAGCGGUGAGCACUCUUAUCCAUGGUUGGUACAACUAGCUGAUGUUGUAGUAUUUGAUUUCCGUGUUGCUGUAAACACCAUAGUGCCACACCCGCAACUAAAAUAUACAUAAUGCUCAAAGAAACUCUGCCCUGCAUUCAAGGGUAUCUAGAUUAUAAAACACAGAUUGGGGACGCCUGACCAUGGAUUAUCAUUGAUUUAUUGAUCUUUGUACCAGUUGUCGGAAGUCCCGCCUGGCCCAAACACGUUCCUUCCUUAGGUCUUUCUUCAAGGUAUUAUCUGAAGCCUCAACUUAAGGUCUUGCUUUGAAACUAAAAUUACGCGGGACUUACGCCAUUCACGUCACUUGCUGCAAAACAAGUUUGCCUUGUGCCGGUAAAACGCACGACAUGUACAGAUUUUGUUCCAAAAAGUAGAACCACCUUCUACAUUCUGCAAAAACUUCUCGCAGCCUACAAUAAACUGAUUUGUUGCAAGACAGGUUUGAUUCGUGGGUGGUAAAACGCGCAACAUCGCUCUUCAGCUCGUUUUGCCUUAGUGCAGCAAUGGUGCAAAACAAGUUGCACCUUUUUGUUGGCCGUUUUAAUGUACCUUAAAAAGAAACCAUUUUUAAUGUCUUACAGAUUUUAAUGGGAAGUACAAAUGUGCGAGUAGGCAGUACAAUAUUCGGUGCCAGACAACCCAAACAACCAAGCAGUNCCAUUCACGUCACUUGCUGCAAAACAAGUUUGCCUUGUGCCGGUAAAACGCACGACAUGUACAGAUUUUGUUCCAAAAAGUAGAACCACCUUCUACAUUCUGCAAAAACUUCUCGCAGCCUACAAUAAACUGAUUUGUUGCAAGACAGGUUUGAUUCGUGGGUGGUAAAACGCGCAACAUCGCUCUUCAGCUCGUUUUGCCUUAGUGCAGCAAUGGUGCAAAACAAGUUGCACAUUUUUGUUGGCCGUUUUAAUGUACCUUAAAAAGAAACCAUUUUUAAUGUCUUACAGAUUUUAAUGGGAAGUACAAAUGUGCGAGUAGGCAGUACAAUAUUCGGUGCCAGACAACCCAAACAACCAAGCAGUGCCAAUGCUGCGGGGGGAAUUCUUCAGCAAUCUCCGCGGGAAACAAUGUUAUCCGGUGGGACUUCCCAACCAAAAACGUCCCAAGGAACAAACCCAGCACCCGGUGCGGAACAAGACACUUUUCCUCCGGAAAGUUUCAAUGUCCACCAGCAGUGACAAUGUGUGUGACAAAAAUUAUGGUUUCGCACGCUGCGGGUAUAUGGGAAAGCGAUAUAUCGAGCAUUACAUCAUUUGUUGCCCUAAUCAAGGAUGCUGGUGUAGCAUAGACUCCAGGCCAAGGAAACUUAACUAACUGCAUUAACGCCUCUGCAAGUUUGUCAUGGGUAAUCCGAGCGACAUAAUGGAAUAUGCGCUGGAUGGCCUAUGAUAACAAUGAGUCCUUGAUGAAGAAUUCUUUGGAUUGCCGGUGUUAAAGUAACGCGCGCAAUUGAAAACAGAUUAAAUGCAUACAAAUGAACUCGUAAGAUAUCUGAUUUAAUGGUUUUUUGAUCAAAUAUGGGGUCUUAAAUGACGUAACGAAAUACCAUAAUACGCUGUUAACUUGAAAUGUUCUUCAUUGUGUACGUUUUUCCCUUCAUCCAUCCAUUCCACAUCUCUUCCUCGGUAUAAAGAGGGUUUUAAAGACUACGUCCGUGCAGACCAACAGUCUUCAGAAUUCCUGAGCAAAACUGUUUGCCAGUGGGGAUGAAGUGUCUUCGAGUGUCUCACAGAUAGAUUUUUUCUGGGCUGUAUUGUCCCUGCACUUGGUCGCUCCAUGUAACGUAUUCCGGAAUCCAAAUUCGGGAAAUUGUUGCUUGUGGACUUUGGAAUCCGGAAUUCAACUCAAAGAAUCCGGAAUAGCGCUAACGAUUGGAAUCUGGAAUUCAAGUUACACUGACAAGAAUUCGGAAUCCACAGCGUGUAAUCCAGAAUCCAAGACUCUCUUGGAUUACUUCACACAGGGAAAAUUUGUAUAAAUCGCAGAAACUUCUCAAUGAUUUCUCACGGCAAUUGCUUUUCUAAGCCUGCAAUCGAACCUCAUUUGCCCUCCGUGUUUGUAAUCAUAACCACAAACAUGCGAGCAAUGCGCGGAUUGUAAAUGUUUUAAAAUGGUCGUCAAGUUAAGGCUUCUGUCUCAAAAUACUGGUUAAUGAAAUCGCCUGGUCUCGUCUGAAAAUGGGUCGAUAACUAGUUGGUGAAAUAUUAAAACAUUAUGGUUUAGGGUUUUAUCUGGAAAACUUCACCCAUCACAAGGAUGUCCGGGGAGUACUGCCGAGGAAAUAGCUCAGAUAUAUUUCCUAGCAAUUGGUUGCCCUUCACUUCCAAAAGUCCAGAAGUUACUGCCAAAAAUGUGUUGAGAAAAUCAGAUGAAGUAGGAAUCAAUGUUUGAAAAAUUGUAAAAAUUAAAAUUGUACCCUCUGGUGUUAUAGACGUGUUAGGGACGGAGAAUGAGAAUAAACAGCACUCUACAAAGCAUGCACUAUCUCCAUAACUCUUUAAUGGUAAUUGUUGUGACAUUCACCUUUGCAAAGUGUAAAAGCAGAUGACCAACGUGUUUCUUUUACGUGUAAGCGCCCGAUCAAAGUUUUUAAAACUAGACGAUGACCUUUGCACGACCUUAACUGAACCAAAAAUAAUGCAGCUGUGUUUGUCACUGCAGUAAUCGCAGAAAAAUACUACAAAGUCCGGCCUAGUACCUCGUUCAAUCCCUAUCCUCUACCGGUUCCCUUUCCACUCUUCAUGCCUGUAGGACUAACAUAAAACAGUAGGCUAAUUUUUAGUCGUUUUCUGAGCAACCUAGCCUGAUCGUGACUCUCUUGUGAUAGAAAUCGGCG